CCUGAACGCAACUCAACUCAGGAACGACUUUGCGUGAUGACGUAUGCUCGCGACGUCACCCGGACUUGUCUGGAGCAUCUCUGGUGGCUAAGCUAGUGUCCGCGUCGGGCCACUCGCGAUGGCUCUGCAAGGCCCGGAGGAGCUGGGAGAGCCGGUGGAAGAAUCGGAGGACCUGGACGACCAUGACGCCAGUAGUAUCUCCCCGGCCGAGGAGAUAACGCUGCCAACCGGGCCCGGGGGCGAUGAAGAGGACCCAGCGGGGAACACCGUGUUACUGCCCUGGGACCGCUUCUCUGCCUGGCUGCACUGCAUAUGCGUGGUGGGCUUCGACCUGGAGCUGGGACAGGCGGUGGAGGUGAUCUACCCGCACCAUUCCAAACUGUCGGAAAAAGAGAAAACGAGCAUUUGCUACCUUUCCUUCCCAGACUCCAACUCAGGUUGCCUGGGCGACACCCAGUUCUGCUUCCGCUUUCGUCAGGGCUCCAACAGGAAGUCGUCGCUGGCUUUCUUCCUGGAAACGAGCGACAGGGACGCGCCGCCUUGUCUCAAGAGGGAGCAAGGCCAUUAUUAUGGUUAUGUUUAUUUUCGUCAAGUGCGUGACAAAUCUCUGAAGAGAGGCUACUUCCAGAAGUCACUGGUUCUGAUCAGUAAGCUGCCCUAUGUGACCUUCUUCCACUCGCUGCUCAAGAUCAUGGCUCCUGAAUACUUUGAGAAGCACGAACCCUGUCUAGAAGCGGCUUGUAACGACAUGGACCGCUGGCCCGCGCCGCAACCGGGGAGGAUCCUCACCCUGCCUAUCAUGGGCGUAGUCAUCAAGGUCCGCAUCCCCACCUGUUACGACAAACCGGGAACGUCGCAGCUGGUCCAGUCCACUCAGAGUGACAGUCUGGUGUCCAUUGUGCUUCCCACCAUCCAUGAGGUGGACCUCUUCAGGUGUUUCUUUCCAGUUUUCUUCCAUAUCCAGAUGUUGUGGGAGUUGGUGUUGCUCGGCGAGGCGCUUGUGGUCAUGGCGCCUUCUCCGGCCGAGUCGGCGGAAACCGUUCUGGCGCUGGUCAGUUGCAUUUCGCCUCUGCGCUACUGCAGCGACUUCCGGCCUUACUUCACCAUCCAUGACAGCGAGUUCAAGGAGUACACCACCAGGACGCAGGCGCCACCCUCAGUCAUCCUCGGCGUCACCAAUCCUUUCUUCGCCAAGACUCUGCAGCACUGGCCUCACAUCAUCCGAAUCGGUGACAUGAAGCAAGCAGGCGACAUGGUGAAGCAGAUGAAAGUGAAGAAACUGAAGAAUUUGAAAACUCUGGACUCCAAACCUGGUGUAUACACGGCGUACAAGCCGUACCUCAACAAAGAUGAGGAAAUCAUCAAGCAGCUACAGAAGGGUGUCCACCAGAAGCGUCCCUCAGCGGCCCAGACCGCCAUUUUACGCCGCUACUUCCUGGAGCUGACGCAGAGCUUCAUCAUCCCUCUGGAGCGCUACGUGGCCAGCCUGAUGCCGCUGCAGAAGUCCAUCAGCCCUUGGAAGAGUCCUCCGGCACUGCGGGCCUUCGUGCAGCAGGACUUCAUGAAGACGCUGGACAAGGCGGGUCCCCAGCUCACUUCCAGGCUCAAAGGCGACUGGAUCGGGCUCUACAGGCAUUUCCUGAAAUCUCCCAAUUUCGACGGCUGGUUCCGGAACAGGAGGAAGGAGAUGACGCAGAAACUUGAGGCUUUGCACCUGGAGGCGCUAUGCGAGGAGGACCUGCAGCAGAGAGUCCAAAAGCAUUCAGAGGUGGAGACCGUGGACCUGGUUCUGAAAUUGAAGGACAAACUUAUUCAGGCGGAGAGGGAGCGUCUGCCCGUACGCGCCGGGACGUUGGCCAAACUGCGAUCUCACAUCGACGGCGUCAUCCUGGCCUUACCCGAAGACCUCCAGGGGAUCCUGCACAAGCCCGACACGCCCUGAACGCCUCAUGCAAAAUGGCCGCCCGACACUGAAGGACGCUGCUUUUUAAAUCUUCAAUUUUUCUUUUAACUUGCUUUUUAAGUGCACUUCCUCCCUCCCGUUUGCGUACGUGAAUAUGCAAAGAACCCGGCAGCCAAUCUUGGUGCUUUUUAAUUUUCAUAUUUUCAAAGGAAACAGCACAAGAACAACAACACCAGCGACACACGGGAGCCAAUCGGCCGUCUGCGUCGAUGUCAUGUGACCACUCCCAUACCCGGAAAAUUUGAGAGACUUCCCUCGGGAAAUGUGACGGAAUAUCCCUGGAGAACAUCUCGAACUCAAGAUAUUUUCCAGGUUUUUUUGUGGGUAAUAUGGGGAACUUUUUGGGAAAUAUUUCCAGAAAGUUUUCCAAAUUUCAAGGCUGUUGUUGAAUUUUUUCAUGGAAAUUUUAGAGAAAAUUUUCAGCAGAUUUAGAAAUUUCUGCUCAAAGUUUUCAAGUACAUUUGUUGGAAAUUGUCCGGACGAAAUUUGGUCAAUGGUUUCUGCUGAAAUUUGGGGAAUUUGGCUGAAAAUUUCCAAAUUUCUAUUUUUUUUUUUUUUUAUGGAAAUUUUGGAGAUAAACUCCUGUAAAUUUAUGAAUUUCUGGUCAGUGACUAAAAGUUUUCAAAUAAAUUUGUUGGAAAUUGUCUCAAAGACAUUUGAUCAAAAGCUUCUGCUGAAUUUUGGAGAACUUUGCUGAAAAUUUUCCAGAAAAUGUCCAAAUUUCAAGGCUGAUGAAUUUUUUUUUACAAAAAUCUUGGAGAAAUAUUUCCAGCAGAUUAAGAAAUUUCUGGUCAGUGUACAUUUCUUUCGAGUACAUUUGCUGGAAAUUGAAAGAAUUUUGGAAAAGUUACUGCUGAAUUUUGGGAAAUUUAGCUGAAAACUUCCAUUUCCAUCAUUUUUCAUGGAAAUUUUGGAGAUAAAUUCCCAGUAAAUCUAUUAAUUUUUUGUCUGUACCUGGAAAGUUUUCAAUUGAAUUUGGUGGAAAUUGUCUCAAAGAAAUUUGGUCAAAAGCGUCUGCUGAAUUUUGGGAAACAUGGCUGAAGAUUUUCCAGAAAAUUUGCCAAAUUUCAAGGCUGAUUAAUUUUUUUUCAUGGAAAUUUUGGAGUAUAAUUUCCCGUAAAUUUAUGAAUUUCUGGUCAGUGACUAAAAAUUUUCAAGUGAAAUUGGUUGAAAUGUUUUCAAACAAAUUUGGUCAAAGGUUUCUGCUGAAUUUUGGGAAACUUGGCUGAAAAAUUCCCUGAAAAUUUCCAACAUUUCAAGGCUGUUGAAUUUUUUUUCAUGGAAACUUUGGAGAAUAAUUUCCACUAUAUUUCUGGUCGGUGUCAAAAUUUUCUACUGGAUUUGGGGGAAGUUGUCUCAUACACAAAUCUAUCAAAUUUUGAGGCUGUUUAAAAAAUUUUCAUGGAAAUUUGGGAGAAAAUUUCCAGUAAAUUCAUGAAUUUCUGGUCAUUUCCAGAAUAUUUUUGAAUUAAUUAGGUUGGGAUUUUCUUAAAGAAAUUUGGUCAAGUUUCUGCUUAAUUUUGGGAAAUUUGGCUGAUUUUUGAUUUUUUUCAUGGAAAUUUUGGAGAAACUUUUACAGUAAAUUUAUGAAUUUCCGGUCAGUGACUGAAAAUGUAAAUUGGGUGGAAAUUGUUUCAAAGAAAUUUGCUGAAAAUUUUCCAAAAAUGUCCAAAUUUUAGGUUGAUAAUGAAUUUUUCAUGAAUGUAUUUAGUGGAAAUCUUCUCAAAUUUUUAGUAUAUAUGGUUUUUGGGAAAGUUUGAAUUUAAAAAAAUGGACAUAAAGAAAUUGAUUAGCACUUUUUGUUCUCAGUAAAUUCAGAACUACAAGCCAGAAACUAUGUAAAGGUUUCAGCCACAGACUUGAAAUUUAAAAAAUUUGACUGGAAAAUUUUCCAUAAAUUCUACACCUGAAAGAUUUUCAGCCAUUAACCUGAAAUUUACUCGAAAUAAUUUCAUUUUUACAUCAAUGUGUUUCAGCAGCUCCUUGAAUUUUAAAAAUUUGCUGUCCAAUUUUAACAAAUUUUGCAGCAGUUUCUUCCAAUUUUCAUUUCACAAAGUUUGUUGAAAUUUCUUUUCGGCAACAGCCUUGAAAUUCAGCGCCGUCAGACAGAUAAUGAGUUAAUGUCCAUUAAACUAACAUAAUUAUUUUUUUAAAAGUGUUAUUUUUAUUUUUAUUAUUUUACAGUAUAAAAUGCCUUGAAAAUCUCUCAGGAAGUCUCGCUAAAUUUCACUCACACGACAAACAGACAUUUUUUUGGCUUUGCUUGUAGCCUUGAAUCAUUUUUGAGCUUACAUCAUCGGCGUUAGAUGUCCAAUCAUUUUGGACAUCGAUCGCCGUCAAUGGCAGCGGAUGAGUUCAAGUUUACUUUUAGCAUUUCAAUUUUUUGUUAAGAUUUCGUGUAACAAGAUGGCUGCUUGAUUCAUUUAAAUUAAUAAUUUUAUGUUCUGUUUUGUUUCAUGCGUUCGGCAAUGGGGAAAUUAUAACGGAAAUUUCCAGACGGUCCUCGAGUUUACCCUAAGGAUACUUUCCACCACAAGCUGGUGAGCUGUGACAAUUCUCGGAAUUUCACAAAAUUGGGGAUACAUUUCAUUCCAAAUCUUUCCAUGAGAAAUUAAGAAAUUCCAAGAAUUAAAAAAAAAAAUCAUGCAAAAUUUGUGAAACUGAAUUCAUUACUGUAUUUUGUGUCAUUUUAGUUCAUGUAAUUCAUUCAGAUAAGCAGAGGGUUUUAUUUACGAAGGAAAAACAUGUUUUGUGGUAAAUUGUACGGAAAUUUCUGCUUAUUCUAGUAUAGUUUUCAAGGUGAUGUACAGUUGUGGUCAAAAGUUUACAUACACUUGUGAAGAACAUAAUGUCAUGGCACUCUUGAGUUUCCAGUUAUUUCUCCAACUCUGAUUUUUCUCCGAUAGAGUGAUUGGAACAGAUACUUCUUUGUCACAAAAAACAUUCAUGAAGUUUGGUUCUUUUAUGACUUUAUUAUGGGUGAACAGAAAAAAGUGUUCAAAUCUGCUGGGUCAAAAAUAUACAUACAGCAGCGCUAAUAUAUGGUAACAUGUCCCUUGGCCAUUUUCACUUCAAUUAGCCGCUUUUGGUAGCCAUCCACAAGCUUCUGGUUGAAUCUUUGACCACUCCUCUUGACAAAAUUGGUGCAGUUCAGUUAAAUUUGAUGGCUUUCUGACAUGGACUUGUUUCUUCAGCAUUGUCCACAAGUUCUCAAUGGGGUUUAAGUCAGGCCAUUCGAAAACCUAAAUUCUAGCCUGAUUUAGCCAUUCCAUUACCACUUUUGAUGUGUGUUUGGGGUCAUUGUCCUGUUGGAACACCCAACUGCGCCCAAGACCCAAUCUUCGGGCUGAUGACGUUAGGUUAUCUUGAAGAAUUUGAAGGUAAUCCUCCUCCUUCAUUUGCCCAUUUACUCUCUGUAAAGCACCAGUUCCUUUGGUAGCAAAACAGCCCCACAGCAUAAUACCACCACCACCGUGCUUGACGGUAGGCAUGGUGUACUUGGGGUUAAAGGCCUCACCUUUUCUCCUCCAAACAUAUUGCUGGGCAUUGUGGCCAAACAGCUCGAUUUUUGUUUCGUCUGACCACAUAAGUUUCCUCCAGAAGGUCUUAUCUUUGUCCAUGUGAUCAGCAGCAAACUUCAGUCGAGCCUUAAGGUGCCGCUUUUGGAGCAAGGGCUUCCUUCUUGCACGGCAGCCUCUGAGUCCAUGGAGAUGCAAAACACAAUUGACUGUAGACACUGACACCUGUGUUCCAGCAGCUUCUAAUUCUUGGCAGAUCUGCUUUUUGGUAAUUCUCGGUUGAAUCUUCACCCUCCUGACCAAUUUUCUCUCAGCAGCAGGUGAUAGCUUGCGUUUUCUUCCUGAUCGUGGCAGUGACAAAACAGUGCCUUGCACUUUCUACUUACAAACAAUUGUUUGCACUGUUGCUCUUGGGACCUGCAGCUGCUUUGAAAUGGCUCCAAGUGACUUUCCUGACUCGUUCAAGUCAAUGAUUCGCUUUUUCAGAUCCAUGUAUGUAUAUUUUUGACCCAGCAGAUUUGAUCACUUUUUCUGUUAACCCAUAAUAAAGUCAUAA